AAAUUAGCAGAGUACGGAAAGACAUGUACAAUGACACAUUAAAUGGCAGUACAGAAAAAAGGAGUGCAGAGUUGCCUGAUGCUGUGGGACCUAUUGUUCAGUUACAAGAGAAACUUUAUGUGCCUGUAAAAGAAUACCCAGAUUUUAAUUUUGUUGGAAGAAUCCUUGGACCUAGAGGACUUACAGCCAAACAGCUUGAAGCAGAAACAGGAUGUAAAAUAAUGGUCCGAGGCAAAGGCUCAAUGAGAGAUAAAAAGAAGGAGGAACAAAAUAGAGGCAAGCCCAAUUGGGAGCAUCUAAAUGAAGACUUACAUGUACUGAUCACUGUGGAAGAUGCUCAGAACAGAGCAGAAAUUAAACUGAAGAGAGCAGUUGAAGAAGUGAAGAAAUUACUGGUUCCUGCAGCAGAAGGAGAGGACAGCCUGAAGAAGAUGCAGCUGAUGGAGCUUGCGAUUCUGAAUGGCACCUACAGAGAUGCCAACAUUAAAUCACCAGCCCUUGCCUUUUCUCUUGCAGCAACAGCCCAGGCUGCUCCAAGGAUCAUUACUGGGCCAGCGCCUGUUCUCCCACCAGCUGCCCUGCGUACUCCUACGCCAGCUGGCCCUACCAUAAUGCCUUUGAUCAGACAGAUACAGACCGCUGUCAUGCCAAACGGAACUCCUCACCCAACUGCUGCAAUAGUUCCUCCAGGGCCCGAAGCUGGUUUAAUCUACACGCCCUAUGAAUACCCCUACACGUUGGCACCAGCUACAUCAAUCCUUGAGUAUCCUAUUGAACCUAGUGGCGUAUUAGGUGCGGUGGCUACUAAAGUUCGAAGGCACGAUAUGCGUGUCCAUCCUUACCAAAGGAUUGUGACCGCAGACCGAGCCGCCACCGGCAACUAACCUAUGACCUUCUGACCUCUGAACUCUUCACCCAAUGAUGACCUGACCAUGCCUGCCUGCUGAUCAGUUAACUGGUAAUCGCCUUUGCUUGCCUGUCGUCAGUGCAGCGAGCUGAGGCACUUGUCCGUUCGUCUUACCAUCUAACCAAACAAAAGACAAAGAAAUUGUCCUCCAACUCAGCUUUUUUUUUUUUUUUUUUUCCUCGUUUGGGUGAAAGUGGUUCUAGAACCUGCACUGAAUAGUCGUAAAGCAAUAAGGCCCAAUUCAUCCCACAGCACUGGUCAUCUUUUCAUGUCCUACCCCACGCGAACGGUAAGAAGGGGAGACAGAUGGCCCUUAACUACUCCAUGGCAGAGGCAGUUACUGUGAGCGACUCCUAGGGAUCCUCCUCUUCUCAUAGCGAAGGCAAGCGCUCUCUGAAUGUACUGUGUGAUGAUGCAUCAUGCAUGGACCUUUGGUCAGGGAUGUCACUGGGGAAGUGCUCUCAAAAAGUAUUCAAAAUUUGAUACGCUCUUUAGUCACUACAGUGCCCUCACAGGGCAGAAGUUGCAGCCUUUUUUAUAUUGCCUGCCAAAAUUUGAAGUAUUAGAAGAAAGUGUGCCAUGAGAGAGAAACUUAACAAGGAAUUUUGAAAAGUAAUGCAAAGAACAAAACUGCAACACUAUUUUUUCAAAGAUCAAUAUUUGAGUUAAAAUUUCUGAAUCUUUUACUUUACACCUCCUUUAAAAAAUCUAUGAGAACAAGGUACAUGCAUUAUGUGUCACAUUACUGGGCAAACUGUUCAAAUAUUUUUUUUAAACCUCCCUGUAUAGAAAAAAAUCAUUAAGGAUGUAAAAGCCAUGCUUGCCUAUUUGCUGUAUACAUGUAAUGAAAUUGUAGAUAAAGUGUAGUGCAUUGAAACAAAUGAACAAAAAGUAGAUACUUUUACUAUACAAGGGUGCUGGUGCAGAAAAAAAUAUAUAUAUUUUUGGAAAUGUAGCAUUUUAUACUUUCAAGUGUUAUAAAAAAAAAGAAAAAGAACAAAGAAACCCUUUAUUUCAUUAAAUGAUUUUUUCUGGUGGUUGUCAAGAAACAAAAGACCAAAAGAGCCUUUUUGUCUUUCUUUUUUAUUUUUUAAGUAUUGGAAUAAGUCUAAAGAAAAGAAAGUGCCUUAUUUUCCUUCAUGGUCAUUUAGUCAAGUGUCUCGUAAGAUCAGCUCCUCCCUCAGAGUACAAGUUAUGCAUGUUACUCAGUCGCCCAGUAUGUGAAAGAAGGUAUGAGGGGAGACAAUGAGUUGAUGGUGUGAAUUCUGUUCUUUGCCACAUUAUCUUGAUGCAAAUUUGCCAAAUCUGAUACUGUGAUAAAAUUUGAUAACUUUUCUAAUGUGUCACUAGUAAGCUUUAAAAUGUAAUUCUUUUAAAAAAUCAUAAAUGAGUUCUUUUUGUUAUUGCAGUCUUCCAUGUUAGCCCAAAAGAUUCUGAGAAAAAAAUUAUGUGAGAUCUGAACAUCAGUUUACAGAACAAAAUCAGAGCUUUAUUUUAUUUGGACUAGGGGGAUGCAUUGGCUUUUUUCUUAUUAAUUGGAGAAAAUAGCAUACCCAGCAAACUUUUUCACGAAACAAACCUUUGUGGUUUUCAUUCUGGAAAACAGUGUUUUUAAAUAACCCAAAUUUAAUCAGACUUCUUUAUAUCAUACCAGAUGACUUGAGUAAGUCCAUCUCUUUGAUGGCUUUCAUAACCUCCCCUCCUCCACACCCCAUUCUUUAACUUUGAAAGAAUGAAAAACUAGCAUCAUUAUGCAUAUAGAUGCUCAACUACAUUUCAGUUUAAGCUUCCAGUUUCUCCUGAAGCUCAAGCAGUUAGUCCUGUAGUUGAUGCAAUUUGUGUGCAAAGCCUACAUCUAAACACUUGAGUAAAUAAUCAUUAACUGCUCAGUACCAGAUGUGGCAAAUCUCAAGUGACAGUGGAUUCCCAGCUUAUCAACUCAUUUCCUCUUACAUACCUUCACAGCUUCACAGUCUAAGGUCAGCAGUCAGCUCAGCACCUCCACGGUGACCUCCUCCCCCUGUCUCACUCGGAACCGUUUUCAGUUCAUUUACUAUGCAAUAGACACUUGUUUGGUAUUCAGCCAGCUUUGGUUUAGUGUGCCACUGCUUUGUUUUUCUGUUACACAUACAGUUAUUUGAUUUAUUUACGAUAUAUGCUGUGCCAUUUGAUUUUUAUUUUGUUUGGUUGGUUGAAUAAAUUUGCGACACUCAAACACUUGAGGUGAUAGUUGUUAAAAACAGUACCAGUAUUUGAUCCAGUUUCAUCUCAACUGUGUUCUACCUGGACAUUUUAGGUGUUUAUCAAAGGUCUUUAAUGGGGAAGAAAGUAAACGUAUGGAAUAAUAAAUGUGUGGCAUUAAUGAGUAAUGUUGGUUCUGAACAAACUUUUGAAAACUUAGUUGACAAAAUUUUGGAUCAACUGAAAAAAAGCAUGACUUUUGAAAUCUCUGAAUGCCUUGGUUCUCAGUAUUAUUCUUUAUUGAAUUUAUUUCAUAUUAAAAUAUGUAGUUUUUAAGACUUUUUUUUUCCUGACAGUAUUAUGUAAUUUUUUAGUGUGGGUAGAUGGGAGUGUCGCUUGUAUGUUACCGUACAGCUGACAUGUAUUUUUGUCUAUUCUUUAUUAUCUUUGUAGUUUCAUGCUAUAUAUGUACCAUAACCAACCUAUUGCCUAUGAGAAACAUGUAAGAUAAUGUAUUUACAGCCAUUGUUACAAGUUUAUAAUGUAUUUUUCUAUCUUGUUUUAUAUGUAUGUUAUAUAACAUUCAAAAAGAAUUUUUUUCUUGAUUGAGAAAAGGAUACAAAAUGCAAAAUCCACAAUUUUGAUAACUGAAAAUUGCCAAUUGUUUUGCAGUACUUUAUUAUAUUGGGUGUCUUGUCUUUCUUGAGCUUUUAGUUAGCUAAUGAAUGAAUACAUUAGACAUUUUUGGGUUUUAGUUGGGACUUUACAUAGCUUGCAUUUUAAUCUUUGGUUCUUUGCUGUUUCUAUUAACCCAUAGCAUUAUUUUAAUAAAUGUUAUAAUACCAACCUA